CAGAUCAGUCCCAUUAAAGCGACACCGAACACACUGUGCCUUUGUCUCCUUGAUUACACAUUAUCUUCUCUCUUCCCUCUCUUUUUCCCAAUUUUUUUAUUUUAUUUUUUUUCCCCUCAAAUGGAGAGAAAAUUCACUCUCUAAAUUUCCACAUUCUCUCGCAUUCGCACGAUAAGGUAAUUUGGGAUAUUUUACUAAGGAAAUGAGCAAAGAAAGGCGACCGGAGCCUCUCGAUUUCUUCAUUUGGACUGUUGAGGAUGUUGGUUUGUGGUUGGAAGAGAUAAAUCUGGGUAGCUACCGCCAGAUUUUCAAGGAAAAUGCUGUUAAUGGAGAAUAUCUGGAGGGUAUGUCCAUGUUCACAACUGAACAGAUUCUACGGUUUAUAAGGCGAUGUCACAUGAAAUGGGGAGACUUCAUCACACUAUGUAAGGAGCUCAGACGAAUAAAAGUGGCUUGCCUAAAAGGAGAGCAAAAAGUUCGUAGGCCAUGGUGGGCUCCAUCCUGCCUUUCUGUAGUCUUUGUUAAAGUAGCAAAACGCAACAGACAGUCAAGAGUCGUUUCCUUGAAGCUGGAACCCUGAAGCCAAACCGUAUGUGUAUGUAUUUGUAGUUUUGUUUUUGUUUAGGAAACAGAAUAUUAGAUAAGUCAACUUUUGUCUUCAAUCUGGCAAGAUGCUGGUAAAAGUUCUUCAAUGGAGAACUUUCUUUCGUAUA